AUUGUUACAGACACGAAGACAAAAAUAAUGCUGAACUCGGAUAAACCGCACCGAUCUAAAAAACGAGAACUUCCCGUGUUACGCAGCGCCGUGAAAACUUUUGCAACAGUUUGGUAAGCAUCCUCAUUUUCCGUGAUGAAUUCCCACACGUCCCAUCACGCCUUGCAGCGCUUGCCUGUCACUACAGAGAGGGAAAAAAACAGCCACUCAACCCUCUGACGUCACGCCUCGCCUCCUAUCUCCGCGGUUUGGGUUUUGCAAGAGGGAAGCAGGGAGCCGGGAAUCCAGUGCGAGUCGGAGCUCCCGAGUGCUUGGAGAAGUCAAACAACCCGAGAUCCUCACUGGAAUCCCAUCUCCCAGCUCCCAGCUCCGGAGCGGAGCCUUGCGGCGCGCAGAGAGCGCUUGCGGGGCGCUCACCGAUUUGGAGGCGAGACCGAGCUCCGGCGGCGGAAAAGGACGGAAGAUCCCGACCGGCAGAGGCCGCAGGAGCUCCGCCCUGUGGGGGGAGAGAGAGAGGAGGGGGGCAGACUGGGAGUCCGGAGCGCCGCGCAGACACACACGCAGACAGCCGCGGACCUCGCAGCCCGAGUGCCAGACAGCAGCCUCGCAGCCCCGGGCCGGACUUCGCACUUGCCUCGCCGGCGACAGCAGGCUGGGAAUCCCGAGCGGCGGGCACCGGGACACGCCAUGGGGAGCGCAAAGCAGCUGCGCUGAUCAGCCCGGGACACAGCCGCCCUGCGCCGCGCUGCGGGGAUCGGGACACGCCGGCGGAUUGAGGACGCCUUUGGCUGGGAUUGACCCUCCCGAGCGAUGUUUUGAAAGUGGUGGUCUAGCUCUGCCCCCACCCCCACCACCUCGCUCGCUGGAUUUAUUAUCAUUUUUUAUUCUCUCCCAGUUUUUCGCUACCCCCACCACCACCACCUCCACCUCCCUUUCCCCAGCCUCGCCACCUCCUCUCCCGGACACACACGCACGCAAACGCCUCCCUCUCCGGAGGACAUCAGCCGCUGUCGCGGCGGUCUGGCUGCUUGGAGAGACCCCCAGUCCGCGCCCGUGGGUGCGCAGUCGGCAGGGAAGAUGGACGCGGGGAUCGAGAGAGAGUGCAGCACUUUGGGAGGGCUCUUCCAGACCAUCAUGAACGACAUGAAGUCCAGUUAUCCGGCCUGGGAGGAUUUUGUCACCAAAGGCACGAAGCUGCAGUCCCAGCUCAGGACAACAAUCCUCGUCACAAGCUCGUUCCUGGACGCCUUUCAGAAGGUGGCCGACUUGGCGACGAGCACAAGAGGGGCAACCAAAGAGAUCGGCUCGGCUCUGACGAGGAUGUGCAUGAGGCACCGGAGCAUCGAAUCCAAACUCAAGCUCUUCACGACAGCCCUGACGGAGAGUCUGAUAAACCCCCUGGAGCUGAAGAUCGAGGAGUGGAAGAAGGUGGCCAGUCAGCUGGAUAAGGACCACGCGAAAGAAUAUAAGAAGGCUCGUGCGGACAUCAAAAAGAAGUCUUCGGACACAAUCAAGCUGCAGAAGAAAGUCAAGAAAGGGAAGGACAAUGCCCGCCUUCAGCUGGACAGCGCGCUGCAGGACGUCAACGAGAAGUACGUGGUGCUGGAGGAGACGGAGAAGAGGGCGGUCUGCCGGGCCCUGAUCGAGGAGAGGGGCCGGUUCUGCUCCUUCGUCUCCAUGUUGAAGCCCGUCCUGGAUGAAGAGAUUGGGAUGCUGGGAGAGGUGACCCACCUGCAGACCAUCCUCGAGGACCUCAGCACCCUGACCGCUGACCCCAACAAGCUGCCCCCCGCCAGCGAGCAGGUGAUCCUGGACCUGAAGGGCUCAGACUACAGCUACGCCUACCAGACGCCCCCAGCCUCCCCCAGCAACACGCUGUCCCGCAAGAGCAGCAUCAGCAGUAACUACCAGCCUGCCUCGGUGCGCCACGUCCCCUCCCUGGACUCCAUCUCCAGCGCAGUGGACGGGAUUCACCUGCGGCCGCCCUCCGGACUCCAGACCCCCGACGGGACCACGCAGCGCUCGCCCAGCCCGCUGCGCGCCGAGGCCUGGGAGGGCAGCCGGUCCCUGAGUGAGGGAAACUCCCCCACCUCCGCCCGCUCGGUCCCGGGGCUCGGCUCGGCUCACCUCAGCCUGCGGAUCAACAAGAGCACUGAGCAGGUGGCCAACAGCCUGCAGCCGCGGCCCGGAGACGCCCCCCCCGGCGGCGCGAAUGGCACGGCCGCGGCCCCCCCUCCGCUCGCCUGCUCGCAGCCCGGGGAGCGGGCCCGGGCCCUGUCCACCUCCGGCAAGCCCCAGACAGCCAGGGAGCAGCUGGCCCUGACCCUGAGUGGGGGCCUGAAUUCGGAGGCCCCCCGUUCCAGCCGAGACUCGCUGCACUGCUCCAGCGGAUACAGCACCCAGACCACCACCCCCUCCUGCUCUGAGGACACCAUCCCCUCGCACGCUGUAAAGAAAGAACCACCUCUUUAUGACUACGACUACAUCUCCCUGCACGGCGGGGAGGAGGAGCACGACCAGCCCGACUUCGACAAGUCCUCCACCAUCCCGCGCAACAGCGACAUCAGCCUGAACUACCGCAAGAUGUUCCAGGCCAAGCGGCCGGCGUCCACCGUCAGCCUGCUGGCCGACCCCGAGCCCCUGCUGCGCCCGCCGCACGUGGCCACCAUCCGCCGCAAGCCCUCCAGCAAGCCCAGCUUCCGCCGCGGCACCAUCAGCGGCGGGGUGCCCAUCCCCAUCAGCACCCCGCAGGUGCCCAUGCGGGCGCCGGGCCCCUGCCCCCCGCGGGACGGCCUGGGCGCGGGGCGCAGCGGCAGCGAGGAGGCGGUGUGCGGCCCGCCGCCCUCGGGGGGGGACAUGCUGAGCAUGAUCCGGCGCGGCGUCAAGCUGCGGAGAACGCUGACCAACGACCGCUCCGCGCCCCUCAUCCCCCCCGCCAGCCGCGUCAAGUGA